CCGUCCUCCGUUUCUUCUCCUUCCCCCUUCCCUCGAUUAAUACGCAAAUACUUAUUUCUCUCUCUCUCUCAUAUUCAACUCCCUUCUUCCACCUCGUCGGCGUCCUCCUCUUCUUCGAUCUCUCCUCCCAUUUCAACGCUCAGGGGAGAGGCGGCGGGUAGAAAGUCCCUGCUUUUGCGCCCCCGCAGCAUGUGGCGCUAGCUGCGCUGGGGCCCCACGCCAUGCAGAGCGGGCCCGCAUCGCCGGCCCCGCCGGAGGACACACCGAUGGCGGCGGCGGCGGCGGUGGCUGAGGUGGAGGUGAUGGAGGAGGCUGACGGGGAGCAGGCGAAGGAGGAUGCUGUGAAGGUGGCGGAGGCGCAGGCGGAUAGGGGAGUGAAGAGGGGGCGGGGGCGACCGCGGCGGCGGCCCGUGGCCGUGGAGGGGAGCGGGGUGGUGAUGGUGAAGCGGGAGCAGCUCGCGCGCUGCAUGACGUGCCAGCUCUGCCACCGCCUGCUCCGCAACGCCACCACCAUCUCCGAGUGCCUUCACACAUUUUGUAGAAAGUGUAUCUAUAAGAAGCUUAAUGAUGAAGAGUGUGACCAUUGUCCAGUAUGUAAAAUUGAUCUCGGCUGCACCCCAAUUGAGAAGCUUAGGGCUGAUCACAAUAAACAAGACGUGAGGUCAAAAAUUUUCCCAUUGAAAAGAAAUAAGAUCGGUGCUAAAGAAUCUCCAGUUACACUGCCUAUUAAAAGGAAAGAGAGGUCUAUCUCUUCAUUGGUGGUUGACACACCUCGAAUAACAACGGGUUUGACUGGGCGCCGAACAAGAGCCGUUACUAGGAAGGCUGCCGCUGCAUUACGUGGCCUUGGUCCUAUCCUUGAUCCUGUAGAAAGGGAUAAUGGUAGCGCCAAUAAGCAUCCUGAUAAUUUAAGCUUGCUGGACAGCUUGAGCAAAGUGCCUCAAACAAGAAGAAAGGCAUCAUCAAUUGCAGAAACGUCAAGUCAUAACUCUAAUAAAGAUAAAGCAGGUGAUGAUAAGGACUUGGACAAGGCAGAUCUAUGGAAACCUCUAAACUGUCUUGUAGAGGCUGCAAGCAAAACAAAGUCCUUCAGGUCAAGUCCAUCUGUUAAGGGAGAUCAGCCCAAUGGAUCUCCUAGUAGUGAACAUGCUAGCAAAGAGAAGCCCGUGGAGAAUCUACGGAAGACCAGAUUUCAAGAUGACAAGAAAGAUGCUCCACAGCCAGUAAUGCUUAAAAAGAAAGGGACUGGCCGGACGAAGAAUGCAACUUCUGUUGCUGCAGCUAGCCAGAAGGCCCAGAAUAGUAGGGCACUGAACCCCGUAUGGUUCUCAUUGAUUGCCUCGUUUGAGCAGAAAGGUGUCCCACCCUUGCCACAGAUACCUGCCCAUUAUUUGAGAAUAAAAGAUGGAAGUAUAGCCGCAUCAUCCAUCCAAAGGUAUAUUAUGCAGAAGCUCAGUCUUGGAAGUGAGUCUGAGGUUGAACUGAGCUGCUGCGGGCAGUCAAUAAACCCCAUACAACCGGUGCACAACCUGAUGGAUAGGUGGCUGAGGGUUGGCCCGUCGCGCCAUUUGCAGACGUCGGUAGGCUCCUCUGGGGGAGAGUAUGUGAUGGUGAUAACCUAUGGGCGGCCGAAGUCUUGAGCGCACCAUGCUGCGCCCGGCGAUCUCCUGAUGCGCCAGAAGGGUUGCGCCUUGCCCUGGGAAGGAAGAGGUCCUCGAAAGAUAAAAGGGUUCUCUCUCCCAGUCGACAUAUACUGAAAAGAAUGUGGCUGGCUCGUUCUGCAGCCAGCCCACCUUGUUGGUCUUGAUCUGAUGCUGUUGGAUUCUCUUAGGGUUUAUUCGAUGUUCCCCUAGUUCGUUUUAUACCCUUGUUAUAUACAGAUGAAGUCUGUUGUUGUUCUAAACUUGGCGAAAGUUGACUUAUGUUGAGGCUGGAUAAAGUGAUGAUAUGUUUCAACCUUCGUCUGGAAGGGGUGAA